UGACUGCGACCCCACUAGUUUAGUUGUAUAUGUGUUAUUAUAAUAUAAUAACACCAUGUUUGAUAUUUUGAGGUCUUGGUGACCCCAUGAAAAAUGCUUGGGGUCGCAACCCCAGGGUUGGGAAAGGGGGUAAUAGAGAGUAUUCUAUUGCAGAUCAAAUAAUUACCUUUUUCUGCUAAGGAUGGUAACCUGUUGCCAUAAAAUAGUAACUCAUUUCUGUUUUAUUAGUUGAUCAAUCUCAUGAACUAAUGACAAAAAAAUUUCAGGAAAAAGUGUCAACCACUAGAGUGAGUUGGGUGUAAUUCUGAAGCAGCAGCCCGCUGUGUGCGUUUUCUGACACCUGAGCGUUGGCAGUGCUGGAGUGACACUGCUUCAGGGAGCUCUGGGCACCUUGCGUUGAAUUUUUUUAAAAAUAUGGAGGACUUGCACCUCCUUCACCUCUUCAAGCAAUAGAUUCACAUGAUACUUAUGAUUUAAUAUUGUGUUGUCAGGCAGAUUUCAGAACAUACGGUAUAAGUGACAGCCAAGAGCCAGGCCCUUCAUUCACAGUGUUACCCCCACGACAGAAUCAGGACAAUGUUCCCACUCUUUAUCCCCAUCCCAAUCCCCAUACGCACGGGGCGUGGCAGCAUCCACUACGUCCAGAACCACACCGUGCCCCCCAACACCUCUGUUAUGCUGGGCACGCUGCCGAACGACUUCCUGCGCAUGCCCCAGGUGCCGCAGAACCAGGAGGAGGCUGACCACGCUGCAGCACUCCACCUACAGCACCAGAUGUUGGCACAGACACCGCAGCAGGCCGUGGGCAGGCUGCAGAUGACGGUCGUGUCGGCAGUGCUCAACAAGAACUACGGCAUGACGCGCAUGGACCCGUACGUGCGUGUGAGGCUCGGCCACUACGUGUACGAGACGCAGACUGACACCAACGGGGCCAAGACGCCUCGAUGGAACAAAGUUUUCCACGUUUACCAGUUCCCGAAAGGCGUCAACACCAUCCACAUUGAGAUCUAUGAUGAGCGGACGCUGACGGAUGACGAGCUGAUUGCCUGGGUGAACCUGCCCAUCCCAGAGACAAUAUUCCAGGGAGAGACAGUGGACGAGUGGUACAGCCUCUCGGGGAAGUUGGGCGAGGGGCAGGAGGGUACCAUCAACAUUGUCUUGUCCUAUAGCAACUCACCCGCGCUCCCCCACACCUACGGCCCCGUCAUGAUGAUGUCACCCUAUGCCUACCCUGAGUACGCCCGGGUGCCUGUUUACACCCUCCCGCCCUCACACCACCCGCCCACCGCCACGCCCUCACCCACACGGCCCAUUUCCGAAGAGGACUUGAAGCAGCUCGGAGAAAUGUUCCCGUCGGUGGAGCCGGAGGUGGUCAAGUCUGUGCUGGAGGCGUCGAGGGGAGACAAGGAGAAGGCGAUCAACUCCCUUCUUCAGAUGCAGGAUUUGUGAGCUGACCCGAUGCUUCCUCCUCCUCCUCCACCGCCGCCUCCUCCUCCUCAUCCUCCUCCUUCUGGCCACCACCACAACCACCUCCAAUAUUACCAAAACUACCAACACCACUUAUGUCCUUAUCACCACCAACAUUACCACUUGGAUCAGCACCGUUACUACCACCAACACUGCUUACAUCACCAACACCACCACCACCACCACCAACACCACCAGUAUGCAGAUUGCCCCCACCACCAACACCACCAACAUCACCACCACCAAUACAAAUACUAACAUCUGUAACACCACUUUGCAUCACCACCACAAACACACAGACAGACAGACAGAUGGUGUUGACAUUGAUUUCCACUCUCAAGAAUAUAACAGACAUUGCCACUACUUAGAACCACACACACAAACACACAAACACACAAACAUGGUGAUGGUAAUGAUUGUGACUCGUAUUCAGAAAGAGAGAGAAAGAGAAAAAAACUUGUAUUCUCAUGUUAUUUCUUUCAUUCUUGAUAUUCAGUUUAUUUAUCCCUCUGUUUUUUUUUGUUUUGUUUUGUUUUGUUUUCUCAUUAUUCAGUUAUGUUUCCCUGUCCAUGUUUUCUUUACUUGUCAUUAUUCAGUUUUUUAUUUUUUCCCUCCAUUUUUUCUCCUUUUUCGUUUUUUUCAAUAUCGUUUCAUUAUUUACUUUUUCCUCGGUGCUGUCCAUUUAUUCGUCCCUUCCCGCGUGUUUCAAGGCUAAGGGUGUUUUGCCAGAUAUGUCCCUAUCCCUCUAUGCUUGCCUCAUCUACAGCUUGAACCCUCAUCUCAUCACCUACCAGCUUGAAGGGACCAUUUCGGCACAUAUUGUAAAAGGAGAGAAAUUAUGGUAAAAUGAGAAAAGGAAAGUGCAGAUAGGGAAUGAUAUAGCUUUUAAAGAUGAUAAAAGGAGGAGGAGGAGGAGGAGGAGGAAGAGUUCUAUGAGAGUUAUGUGAAGGUUAAAAGGAGGGAAAGGAGGAAAGGGGAAAAUACAUAGCCAGUAAAGAUGAUAAAAGGAGGAGGAGGAAGAAUUUUGUGAGAGUUAUAUGAAAAGCAGGGAUGAAGAUAAAGAAUAGUAAGGAAAGUACCGGGAAUAAUCAAGGGAGACGGCAAGAGUGAUAAAGAGGAGAAAUAGUAAAGAAUGAAAAUGAAGUAAAAAUAAAUAUGAGGGAGGAGGGAAAUGAAGAGGAGAACAAGUAGUGAAAGAAAGAGGGAAUAAUGCAAAUAAUAAAGAGGAACAUAAGAGUACCUAGUAAUGAUAAAGAGGAGGAGGAUGAAGAGUAAAGAGGAGAUUAAAGUCUUUUCCGCAAGUUGCCAAAGAAAAUUUACGAGACAACGAAAGCAUGUUCAAAGAGAGAGAGAGAGAGAGAAACGAGCAGAAAAAGGAAAAAAAGAAGAAAAAAAGAGAAGAGAUGAAUUUUUAUAACCAUCUCGGUCCCUCAAUUAAGACCAUGACACCCUAAUAAAGGACUCUAAGGGACACUAACGGAUUUGAACUCUCCUCUAAUUAUGCUCAUUAUGGGUAGUUUGCGAGUGACUUGAUUACUGUGGGGUGCGACUACAGUGCUGGUUCUUUAAUUUAUUGUCGUUAGUGUUCAGGGUAAUAUAUGUUUAGCUGUGAAUUUGUGUCGUGUUAUUCUUAUUAUUAGUGUUAUUACUGCAUUGCUCUAUUGUUCUUAUGGUUAUUCUUCUGUGUCUUAUUCUUCUUCAUACUGUUCUGCUUUUGUCAUUCUAAUUGUUUUUUUUUGUUUGUCUUUGUCAUUUUUGUAUUUCUUUUUGUGUUUCAUUUCUGAUAAUUUUUCUCUCCUCCUCCUCCUCUUCUUCCUCUUUCUUCUUCUGCUUUUCCUUUUUCCUUUGUUAUUUCUGUAUUUCUUUUUUGGUUUCUGGUCUUCUAAUUCUGUUCUCCUCCUCCUUCUCUUCCUCCUCUUCCUUCCUCUGCAUUUCCUUUGUUAUUUCUGUAUUUCUUUUUUGGUUUCUAGUUUGCUAAUUCUGUUCUCCUCCUCCUUCUCUUCCUCCUCUUCCUUCUUCUGCAUUUCCUUUGUUAUUUCUGUAUUUCUUUUUUGGUUUCUAGUUUGCUAAUUCUGUUUUCCUCUGCCUCUUCCUCCUGCUUAUCCUAUUUUAUCUUCAUUCUUUUUCUUGUCUCCUUUUUUUGACCUCCUUCUGCUUCUUCCUUAUCUUUUGUCGUCUCAUUCUUGUUCCUCUCAUCUUUCUUCUCAUUCUUCUUCUUGUUCUGUCAUCAACAUAAUUUUCUUCUUCUUCUUCUUGUUUUUGUCACUGUUGUUGUGGUUUUCUAUUCCAUAAUGGUAAUAAUUUCAAAGACUAAAUUGUGGUCCGAUGUGUAGGAUUAGUUUGCCAGUUAAUCGUGCUAUGUGUUAUCUUAUCAUGUUGGCUCUUUGUUAUGUUAUUAUCAUUACUAUUAUUACUGUUAUUGUCAUUAGUUUUCACUCAUAGUUUUCUUUUUUCAUUGUAUCCUAAAAUUAUUUGUUACUCUAUUUCCAGCGUUUUUCAUUGAUUUGUUCUCCCGUUUUCUUAGCAUUUGAGUUUCCGUUCGUAUUUGUUUGGUUUAUUUACUGUUAUUACAGGUUGAGAAUCCCUUAUCCGAAAUUCCUGGGACCGAACGUGUUGUGGAUUUCGGAAUUUCAGGCACUUUUUCAACAAUAUCUUUACAGCACAGAGCACACAACACGUAGUAAUCACAAUGAGUAGCGAGCGAAGGUGUUACUGUGACGACUGUUGACGACUAACUAACACAUCGCAGCACUAGAGUUACCAGGUCAUGCAAGCGGUGGUGGCGGGCAGAUGUUUUUACGCCCAAGGUGCUGACGCAGCAAACCGCGGACCUGGCAACCCUGAACAGCACACAACUUAAGGAUUUUCAACCUGUACCAUUAUUAUUUACUGAUUAUAUUUUCUUUUAUAUUUUUUUGUAGUUUCUAAUUCAUUGUUGCUUUGCCUUCUAUUGCUUUUCAUCAGUUAUUUAUUCCUGCAUUUUCCAAAACCGUUUAUUUACCUCAUGCAUUUGUUUGCUUUAUUUAAUCCGUCACACUUACGAGAAACAUUUAUUGUCGUGUUACUCUUUUAGCGUCAGUGUUUUGGUGGUCUAUUUAUUGAAGCUUAUAGAGUGCUGUUUUGAUCGCUUGUUUGGUCAGUGUGUGGACGAUGAAGAAUUGGGAUUGCCUAUAUUGGCCUGAGAGGAGGAUCUGGUAUUGAAUGACAUCAAAUAUUCAAUUGAUGAGGUACAGGACAGGUGAAAAUGGAAAAAGGACUAGUCAAAAGCGCAAUAGAAAUAAUCAGUACCACCAGAAGUAGACAGUGGGAUGAGAGAUGCAGGUUAGGAGAGAAUAGAAAAGACUGAUAGAUAUUGCCGCCAGAAAUAGACAGUGGGGUGAGACGCAGGUUAGGAGAGAAUAGAAAAGACUGAUAGAUAUUGCCGCCUGAAAUAGACAGUGGGGUGAGACGCAGGUUAGGAGAGACUGGAAAUGACGCAACAAAAACAGGAUUCAGUUUGGUAGUACAGAAAAAGAGACCGUGGGAAAAUUGGAAAACAGAUAAAAUAGACGAGACUGAUAGAUAUCGCCGCCUGAAAUAGACAGUGGGGUGAGAUGCAGGUUAGGAGAGACUGGAAACGACUCAACAAAAACAGGAUUCAGUUUGGUAGUGCACGAAAAAGAGACAGUGGGAAAAAUGAAGCACAGAAUAGAUUAGAAAAGACCAAUAAUCAGUACCAUCGGAAAUAGACAGUGGGGUGAGACGCAGGUUAGGAGAGACUGGAAACGACGCAACAAAGACAGGAUUCAGAUUGGUAUUGCACGAAAAAAAGACAGUGGAAAAAAUGGAGAACAGAAUAGAGCAGAAAAAAAAAAAUGAUCCCAAAACAAUUCAUAUAGUUAGUACCACCAAAAAUAAACAAGGGAAUGAGCGAAACAGAAGAUAAUGAAAAAUAAGAUGUCCCAACAGUUAGUGCCACCGGGAAUAGACAGAGGGUGAGAUGCAGGGCAGAAAAUAAUAGAAAAGACUCGUAGGACCAAAUCAAAAUAAAGAAGGGCACUGAUCAAAGUACCCCUCACUGGCUUAAAUUAUUUUUCAGAAGUGGAAGAAUAUUAGUUAGUUAGACAAUAUUCCUUCUGUUAGUAAGUUGGUUAGACAAUAUUCUUUUUGGCCACUUAGUUAGUUAGACAAUAUUCCUUCUGUUUGUUAGUUAGACAGCAUUUUUCUGUUAGUUAGUUAGACAAUAUUCUUUCUGUUAGUAUCAAGACACCUCUCCAUCCCAAAUUGACUCCUCUGGCCAAUCUAUUUUCUUAUAUAGGGGUAGUACUUAGUAGGCAUUGUUGUUUUUUUGUUUUGUUUUGCCUCUCAGCUAUUUCCUUUACCAUAAAAAUGUAUCUUGACAACUCUCCAUCCUAAAUUGACUCUCCUCUGGCCAUUCUAUUUUCUUAUUUAGUUAGUCGUAUUUACUUAGCGGGCAUUACAGUUGUCCCUCAAAUAGUACGGUUUCCAAUAGUUCGGUUUUGGUUUUAUGUGGAUUUUCUAAGAAGAUUUUUUAGGAUUUUUAAAUUUCCCGACAAGCAAGAAAUUUAAAAAUCCUAAAAGUUCUUCCAUGACAAUCCGUAUAAAACCAAAACCAAACUAUUGGAAACUGUACUAUUUGAGGGGCGGCUGUAUUGUUUUUUGUUUUGUUUUUGCCUCUGAGCUGUUUCCUUCACCGCAAAAAACAGUAUCUUGCAGGGGGCUUCAGAACCGUGUGAAACCAUGAAAUCUUACGACGAUAUACAGUUUAUUAGAAGACUUAGCAAGCUGACUUUAUGUGGGUUACGUUCAGUCUCGUCCUGUGAUAUUUUGUGAUUAUUUUGCUCACGCCGAGGGAACAGGGUACGUAGGUAGUUGCAAAGCUCUCAGGCACCCAGGAAAGUAAGGUAGAAAAAAUAGUUGACCAGAUAACCAGCCUCAUAACCUCUCAAGUCAGGUGUAUUGGCUGGUAACAUUAGGGCAGUGUGUAGGGUCAUAUUAAACAUUUCAAUGCCCAAGCUCACAUAUUUAAGGCUUUCAUAGGAGUUUUUAGCAUUUGUAGGGGUAUUCUUAUGACCCUGGUGGUAGUUUGACCCUUCCUCUGUACCAUAAACCUUAAAAACACACUCAUUAGAACCCGACAGAUCUCCUUAAUGGCCUUUGGAAAUGGUUGGUGUGAGGGGCGGAAGCGUCUGUGAAUACUGACAUUAGUGGCUUUGUGAGGGUGUGUGUCGCAAGAUUUUUCCCAUCUGAUGUAACUCACUCUCCUGUUGUAGUGAUUUUUCUUGAUAUACAUUUUGCAGAAUCUUUUAUGUAGGCUGAAGCGGUAUGUAUGUGUGUGUGACGGGCACUAUUUAUGUAUGUGUAUAGCUUGUUUUUUUUGGUAUUUGUAAUUGAUUUUUAUGUGUGUGUGCAUGUGUGAGGGGUUGGGCUUGUGUGUGUGUGUGUGUGUGUGUGUUUUUAUCGUAAGACUAAAUUCGACAGUGUUAUAAUUGCAAGGGUUGAAACUAGAGACUUAACACUUCAAUAUUGUAAAUGCAGCAAAAGUUAACCUGCAACAAUUAUUAAAGAAAAAGGUAUACUAAAAUGUUUUCUUAGUAUUUGAAAUGUGGUGUGUGUCAGCUAGGAGUAAGAAAAAGAAAACUGGAGUUGGAUAUCAUAGCAAAGGUAAACUAUAAUAAUGUAAAGAGAGAGAGAGAGAGAGAGAGAGAGAGAGAGAGAGAGAGAGAGUUUGAUAUUAUUGCAAAGUUAAUCUAAAAAUAACUUGAGUGUCAGGUAUGAAGGGCUUAUAUGUGUGUGUGUGUGUGUGUAUGUAUGUGUGUGUGUGUGUGUGUGUGUGUGUGGGGAGGGGUAGUGUUAUAAUGUUAAGAGAGUGGAACCGAGAAACUGGCUGUGCUAUUGCUUCUCUUGCAUCAUUUUGUGUAUUGAAUCCUUCCCUUUCAAUGUCAUAUAUGAAGGCUGAGGUGAACAUUGCUGGUGGUGAAGCUGGUGACGCUACUCUUGUGCCACUUCGGUUCUAAUGCCCCAUACGACCAUGUGUAAAAGCUAUCCAGAGAAAACCAUGCAUGGGACACUAACAUAAGAGUAAGGUGGGAGGGACAUGCAACUUUGUGAUAUAUUAAAACAACCAGAAUGAUUUAUAUUAACCUAUUCAACUCAGUCUUAUAUAGUAGAAAUUGUCGAGGAAAGCAUACAUAGAAGAUACAGAUUAACGUAAGUGGAGGAUGGUAGUGACUUGUAACUUUGUGAUAUAUGAAGGUAAUGCAAUGUCGAGCAAGAUUUAUAUUAACCCAUUCAACUCAGUCUUAUAUAACAUGGGUAAUAUCUGUCGAGGAAAGCAUACAUAGAGGAUACAGAUUGACAUUAAGGAUUGUGGUAGAGACUGUGAUAUAUGAAGAUAACCAGAAAGAUUUAUAUUAACCCAUUCAACUCAUUCUUAUAUAGCAUGGGUAAAAUUUGUCAAGAGGAAAGCAUGCAUAGAAGAUACAGAUUAACAUAGAGGUAUGGACUUCUAACUUUGUGAUAUAUAAAGGUAACCUAUUGUCGAGUGAUUCGUUUUAACAUGUAAUUCAUUCUUGUAGCUUAUCCACAUCCUUCUGCAUUUAAGUUGUGAAAAUUAAGUAAUGUAGGAUUGAAUAUAGAGAUUUUUUAUACAUUUAAUGCUUAAAGUUUUAAUGAUAUGGUAAUGUGACUUUUAAUAGAGCUGUAUCCAGACUCAUAUGAUAUCAAGACUACACAGGUUUAAGUAUUGAAGGUAAUGUGAUGUGCCCAGUUAAAGAAAGAAAAGUUUGUUAAUAUAAAUGUUAAGUUUGGAUUGAAGUUAAUAUGAUUUCACAUGUUAAAAAAAACACAACCUCAUAAGAGAAAGUAAGGACAUGAAAAAUACACACACACACACACACACACACACACACACACACACACACACACACACAUCCAUUCAGAAUCACAAACACACACAAACACAUCAAAUGAAAAGAAGAACAAGAACAAGAAGAAUGUUAGAGGAAAAAAGGAGUUUGUUAAUUUGAAGGCUCAUUUAAAAUCAACAUAGGUGCACAGGUUAAAUAAAUAAGGUGCAGAUUUGUAAUGGUUAAUGUUAUGCUUGUCCUGUUACGAUUGUCGCCGGGAUUUUUAAACAUUGUACAAGUGUUUUUAAGAAUUAUGUGGCUAGUUUGGGCCAAUCAACUCCAUUUUUGGGAUGAGUUAUUCAGAAGCAUGAAGGUAGAAUUGGUGGAGUCGACAUCAGCCCAAUUAAGUGAAUCUGCCGGAGCUGUCAUUUUUACGGCCAGGUGUCAGGUGUUGUCAGGUCAGGCUCCCUCUUAAUGGGCUCGGCCGGGCUCGCCCACCCCCAUCUUUUGGCCGUAAAUUUGAUAGUUCGUCAGAUUCACCUCAAUGAAUGGGAUUAAUGGGCCGUGUUGACUCCACCAAUUCUACCUCCAUGGUGUGUCUAGUUAGCCUGAACAGAGUAUUACACCACCACUUAACACCACCACCAACAACAACACCUCCACCACUACAUAUUGACUCCCUCCACCAUGACUAACACCACUUCCACCUCCAACACUUUUCCCUUCACCACUAACACCACCACCACCACACCUAACACUACAACUCUACCCUCUUGACCACCAUGACAUGUUCAGGAGUGUUGGAUUUUUACAGAAUUGUCUUUGUUUUUUUAAUAUGGAAGUUAAAAAGAGUCAAACAGGCCACAAUACUUGAUAAAUACCAAUAUGAUGUUUGAAGAAUCUUGCAUAUUAAGCUUCUGACCCAAUUCCUGUUUAUUCCGUACUAUGGCAAGGUUACCACAUCAUUAUAUAUAUAUAUGCAGCCCUUGGUACUUCAGACUCGUGUUGCUUUGUACUGAUUCUGCUCCACUGCGAGAGUUAAUACCGUGUUCAUUGUUGUAUAUUACUGUCCCAUGAAAGCCAAAUACAUUAUAUAUAUGUAAGAA